AUGAGAGGGAGGCCCCUGGCAGCCAAGAUGAAGCCCGUGGUGUGUGUGUGCUGCUUGCUGUCCGUCCUGGUGCUGUCCGCAGCAGAUCUGCUGCCGGAGUCCUCCGCCCCGGACGAGGAGCCUCUGGUGCAGCUGCAGCUGCAGCAGCCGGAAGGCGACCUCUUCUCAUGUGGCUGCGACGCGCCGGAGGAACACGCCAGCCAGAGCUCCUCCAACGACACCCCGGCUCCGGAGAGGGCCGUGUGUCAGCCCUGCAAGCCCCCGGCGGCCGGGGAGGACGUGCCCAGCUCUUCAUCAGAGCAAGAGGAGGAGGAGGAGGAGGAGGAGGAGGAGGAGGGAGUCCUGCUGCCUGGAGAUGAUGCUGCCGCUGAGGAGGUGGCGGGCGAAGAAGAGGAAGAAGAAGGUGAGGGAAAUGAAGAGGUGACCUCCGAGGAAGAACCUGAGGCAGAGCCUGAAGAGGAGGAGGGAGAAGGAGCUGAGGAGGCAGCGUCACCUCCAGAUGAGGAGGAAGCAGCAGAGCCUGCUGAGGAGUCAGAGGAGGAGGAGGCGGCUGAGGCAGAGGAGGGGGAAUCAGACCCAGAACCAGAACCAGAGGAACUUCUGGAACCUGAAUCAGAGGAAUCAGAAACAGAAGAGACGGAGGAACCUGAGCCAGCAGCAGAUGAUCAGUCUGAGCUGGUUUCAGAACCAGAACCAGAACCAGAAGUGGAUCCAGAGCCAGAGCCAGAGGUGAUCCCUGAACCAGAACCCGAAGUCAUUGCAGAACCGGAGGCGAUUCCCGAGCCAGAAUCUGAAGUAAUUGCAGAGCCGGAACCAGAGCCAGAGCAGAUUCCUGAGUCUGAACCAGAACCAGAGGUGAUCCCUGAACCAGAACCAGAGCCGGAGGCGAUCCAUGAACCAGAACCGGAGCCAGAGGUGAUUCCUGAACCGGAACCUGAAGUCAUUCCUGUGGAGCCAGAGCCAGAGCCUGUGGCGGCGGCGGAGGAGGAGGAGGAGGCGGUUGUGGAGGACGUAGCAGAGGAGGCCGCUCCGGCAGUCCAGGACGUCGAGGAGGAGACGGUGGAGGAGGUGACUGAAGAGAAGCCUGCAAAGUCCAAACCCAAAGACAGUCCAGCAUCAGGCCCAGCGCCGAGGGACCGCUCGCACAUCGAGGACACGCUGCAGCUGGCCGGCGCUGAACCCUCGGCAGAGUUCUCAGGUGCCAUGAAAACACUGUUAAACAUCUACCACAAGGCCAUCAAGCCAAUGGAAGACGCCUACAGAUACAAUGAGCUCCGGCAGCAUGAAGUCACAGACGGGGAGAUCACCUCCAAGCCGAUGGUCUUGUUUUUGGGACCCUGGAGUGUUGGAAAGUCCUCAAUGAUCAACUACCUGCUGGGCCUUCAUGGCACCUCCCAGGAGCUCUACACAGGCGCCGAGCCCACCACCUCCGAGUACACCGUCAUCAUGCACGGCGAAAAGUUCCGCUCCGUAGAGGGCAUCGUCAUGGCGGCGGACAGCUCCAGGUCCUUCUCGCCCCUGGAGAAGUUUGGCCAGGGGUUCCUGGAGCGGCUGGUCGGCGUCGAGAUGCCCCACAAGCUGCUGGAGAGGGUCACCUUCGUGGACACGCCAGGCAUCAUCGAGAACCGCAAGCAGCAGGAGAGAGGCUACCCGUACAACGAGGUGUGCCAGUGGUUCAUCGAUCGGGCCGACCUGAUCUUCCUGGUUUUCGACCCCACCAAGCUGGACGUGGGCGGAGAGCUGGAGAUGCUCUUCAGGCAGAUGAAGGGCCGCGAGUCCCAGAUACGCCUCAUCCUCAACAAGGCCGACAGCCUCUCCAACCAGGACCUGAUGCGGGUCUACGGAGCCCUGUUCUGGAGCAUGGCCCCCCUGAUCAACGUGACCGAGCCCCCCCGGGUCUACGUCAGCUCCUUCUGGCCUCAGGACUACGCCGUGGACACCAGCCGGGAGCUCUUCAUGAGGGAGGAGAUCUCUCUGCUGGAGGACCUCAACCAGGUGAUUGAGAAUCAGCUUGAGAACAAGAUCGCGUUCAUCCGGCAGCACGGCAUCCGCGUGCGCAUCCACGCGCUGCUGGUGGACCGCUACCUGCAGACCUACUACGACAAGCUGGGCUGGUUCAGCGACCCCUACGAGGUCUUCCGGGACAUCGUGGACGACCCGGACAAGUACUACAUCUUCAAGUCCAUCCUGGCCAAGACCAACGUCAGCAAGUUCGACCUCCCCGACAAGGAGGCCUACCAGGACUUCUUCGGGGUCAACCCCGUCUCCGGCUUCAAGCAGCUGUCGUCCCACUGCAGCUGGACCGGCGGCUGCCUGCUGGAGAAGAUCGAGAGGGCCGUGUCGCACGAGCUCCCGGCCCUGCUCAGCAGCAUCAGCAGGAACACGGAGGCGCCCGCCCCGCCCAAGGCCGCCGCGCCGGCGCCCCCGCCGCCCCUGCCCGGCACCUGCGAGGGCCCCGGGUGCGGAGAGAAACCCAAGAACCGCUGGAGGAGGGAGUGAGCCGCAGGAGAGGGAGGGCAGAGAGGAGGCCGGAGGGAUUCCUGAGAACGAUCCGCCUCUGAUGUGGCUUUCAGGACGGUCCGCGGGGGAGACCGUGCAGGGAGGGGAGGGAAACGAUGUCCAAAGAGCCACAGUGCCAAGCAGAUCCGAACCAGAGAGGACUUUCUAUUUUGUGGUGCCGUUUUAAUGUGCGCGAUAUACUGAACAUGCCACAUUUUCACAAUACUUUUAUAACUGCUGCACAAUUUCUUCUAUGGUAUUUAUCGACACACCUAAAUGAAGUUUUUUGCACAAAAAAAAAAAUGUGAUAAUUUAAAUGAACCCUUUGACUGAAAUCAAACACUUCUCGGAAUCAUAACUAACAGAUGCUGAAAGUUGAUGUUAUCUCAAAAAUGUAGCAGAAAAUCUCACUCUCUGCACAUUUUCCAGCAAUUACAUGGCAGUAAAAUCCAAACAGAUCCAAAUGUUGAAGCUUCAGAACGUCUCAUUACGUGUGAAUGAAACCUGGGUACGGCUGUUGUGUCGUUUCUCCGGCUUUUGAAGUUCCUCCAUUAUUUAUUCACACUGUUUUCACCAGAGGAGGACACUGGCAGCAGCCACGCUCCUGCGGCGAUAAGAAAUGCCAUCACCCAUUUAUCUUUCGCGUGACGAUUAAGUCACAUCUGCUGUGCUGUGAUUUUUACGGCCUUAAUUCUCCUUGCCAGCAGGUUCAUGCCCCAAAACAACCCCGGUUUGUUUCUAAUAAUCUAAUGACAGUGUGAAGAAAAACACGGAAGAAGAUGCCGUCGUUUUUAAAGUCACCGUAUUUCACCGUGCUGAUGAACUGUGAUUUAUCUGUGUGUCCUGCUGUACGAUGUUUAUAUUAGGAGCAAUUUUUACUCUAAAAUACUACGUGCCCAAGGUGAAAUGAGUGAAUUCAAAUGUGUGUACAUCUCCAGAUUGAGCUGUUUUCUGUUCAUGUGAGUGUUCCCGGUGCAACAUGUGGCUUUUCCAGCCCUCUAAACUGCUGUUAGUUUUACCUCAACAUGGCUGCAGACCACAUGUGGGUUUCCAUUAAAGUGUAAUCCUUUCCUCAUCCUGUCUGUUUUUAAUUGUCAUUGUUGUGUG